CUCUUGGAGGCCCAGCUGGGCAGCUAGCAGCAGUCACCACUUGCCCAUCCCCAGUCCCCCCAGUCCCUGCACAUGCGAAGUCCCUCCCUGGCCCAGCUGCCUGCUUCCUGGGGCUGCAGGCCGUGGAACUCACGUUAGCGGUGGCGUCUUCCAAGCCACUGCUGCUGCUGUCGUUUUCCACAAAAAGAGGCUCGGCCAGAGACGCCCUGGAGACGAAGCACAGACGAGUUUCACUCAGGGCGUGCAGGGCGUCUUCAGAGGUCCAGGCGUGACACCAGUGUGAGGCUGCAGACCUUGGAUCUGAGGGACAGCCUAGGGGCAGCUCUGGCCAGAGCUGCUGGCAAGGCCCAUGGGACCUGAACUACCCUGCUUGGUGCCAGGAGCAGUUGUGCCACCCUCCCCCAUCACCACAGCUCACCAACCUCUGCGGUCAGAAACCAGGCCAGCCAUGUCAAUGGCCGUGGCACCCACAGGCCACAGCGGCACCCAGAGGGAAGCCGAGGACACCUGCCUUCCCUGGGGGGCCCUCCCCUGGCAGCUCUCCUGGGAGCCGGUGGGCACAGGGCCGUUUCCACCCCUUGGCCAGGCCAGCUCAGAGCACAGGGCUAAGGCCUGGGUGCACGGGAGGCACUGGCCUUAAGGGUGUCUCCACCUACAGCCCCAUCCUGACCCCCAGAUGGUCUCCCAGAGUGUCCCACGCCUUGGCAGAGGCAGGCCAGGCCUGACUCGCCUGAGUAACGCCUGAAGGGCAUUAGGCCCCUGCCUUGCUGAGCGUCCAAAGAGGGUGUGGCCCAGGUGGUCAUGGCCACCACGGGCUAGAUUUGGUGGCACUGUGGCCAGGUCUGGGUGGUCUGAGCACCUGGCAUGGGGCCACUGAAGAAGAGGGCUGGUUGCUGCUGACCUGUCGGGGAGAGGGUGAAACCAUGGCAGAAGGGAGAGCAGACCCCCACAAGGACUCAGGAGCCUGGGCAAAGGACGCCUCUGCAGAGGAUGGUGUUGGCAUGGCCAAGGGGUGACUGCCUGGGAGGGCCAGAGGAAGGACAUGGAGUCCAGGGAACCAGUUGUGUGAGCCUGAAGCUUCUAUAGUUGGAGACUUUUUGGGAAGAAUACAGAAUUGGGCUCAGAGUUUGGGGACUGUAGAGCCAGCACUGUCAGUCCCAGGUGGGGAGGAAGGUUUUGAGUCAGACGGUUGAGUGACACUCCAAACGGGGUCUGGUCACCAGGGGCGGGGGCCUGCUGGCCAGCAUACACCAUGGCCCUGUUCCCACAGGACGCCUUGCUGGAAUGUGUGAAUAAGAAGGUCCCCGUUCUGCUGUCUCGGGGCAUGGCUCGCCUGGUGGUCAUCGACUCGGUGGCGGCCCCAUUCCGCUGUGAAUUUGACAGCCAGGCCUCCGCCCCCAGGGCCAGGCGUCUGCAGUCCCUGGGGGCCGCGCUGCGUGAGCUGAGCAGUGCCUUCCAGAGCCCUGUGCUGUGCAUCAACCAGGUGACAGAGGCCAUGGAGGAGGAGGGCGCAGCACACGGGCCGCUGGGGUUCUGGGGCGAGCGUGUUUCCCCAGCCCUUGGCAUAACCUGGGCUAACCAGCUCCUGGUGAGACUGCUGGCUGAGCGGCUCCGCGAGGAAGAGGCUGCCCUCGGCAGCCCAGCCCGGACCCUGCGGGUGCUCUUUGCCCCCCACCUGCCCCCCUCCUCCUGUUCUUACACGAUCAGUGCAGAAGGGGUGCGAGGGACACCUGGGACGCAGUCCCAUUGACACGGUGGCAGCUGCAGAACAGCCUUGCCUGAGAAGCCCCGACACACAGGGCUUGCGCCUUUAAAACGCUGUCUGCCUCGGCCGUGGCACAGCUGGGAGCCUGGUUCGGACAGAGCUCUUCCAGGGCAGCGGUUCCACUUUCUCAGCCAAAGGUGGUGGCCACAGUCCCCACCUGAGCUGGGGGAGUUGUUCCACCUCUCCCUGGGUCUGGGGACAGGCCCGGCUUGCUGGGCACCUGGUCCCCACCGCUGAGCUGGUCCUUGGGGACAGAUGAUUCUCAGGGCUGGGGCCUGGGGGUGUCCCUACAGUGACUCCCUGGGAGUCCCCUGCUUCUGCUGUCCACAUGGAAGCCCACCUGGGGUCGCGUCUUAGGCCUCAGGCCCCCUCAGCCUUGGGUCCCUGCCCACAAAGGUCUCCCCUCCUACACACAGGGCUGUCUUUACUCCCCCAACCCCUCAGGCCACAGCGGGGCUGCAGGCAGGCAGCUCCUCCUCACCCACCUCUGGGUCCUUGGAUCCCGGGGGCCCCACCCCGGCACACACUGUGCCCCACAAAACUUCAAUGUGGUACAAGGUGGAGAAAGCAUAUCCCACCAACCUCCAGCUUCUGGGUCCAGGAGAGCCUGGGGUUGGGGGGGGCUGCCUUGACUCUAGUAGUGUGGCCUGUGCCAGUACCACAGCUAGACAGAGGAGAGCGUGACAGGCUCGUCAGUCACCUGGGAACACAGUUCUGGUGAAAGAGGAUCCAAGGUUGAGAGAAAGGAGGGUCCCAGUGUAUCCUGGCCCCAGGGGUCUGGGCGUCCAGCUCAGCCCUGGUGUGGCUGGGCGGCACUCUGGUGGGGAUAUGGCAGGACUCCGGGCAGGGCCACCUGCAG